CUAUUUGGGAAACACUCAGCGCCCCGGAAAUAAGCGACGAAAGCGGAUACAAGUUCCACGUGCGGGCUCGGCGAUUCCCUAUUGAUUCCCUCCCUACUAAGGACGAGGACCUGGCAACAUGGCUAGAACAGCUCUGGAUAGAGAAAGGGGAGUGGCUCGAAGAACAGAGACAAGAAUGGGCACUUGAUGGGGCGGAUUCGACAUGAUCAAAGGCCCCAGGUCUCGUGCCUAUCAUCAUGUCGUUCGCCCAGGAGUGGUGCGAACUGAUGGCUGCUAUUUUCAGCAUCUGUUCUGCCACCCUACUUCUGUUCGGUCAAACGUAUCGCCUCCCGCGAGGGAGGUACCCCGUGGCGAAGUUAACCCCCAUCGGCAGAGGGUGGGAGGGGAAUGAGACGCUCAAUGGUGAGAGGGUCGAUUCGCCAGAGGCUGCAGCGGGCGGUGGUGGCGGCUUAUUGGAAGGGCAAUAUAAGUAUAGUGAGCAGACAGUAGCGCAUGUGACGGGCUUGAAUGCACUCUCCAACGACGACGAUACGGUACGGAUCAACUCCAUGCUUGAAAAGCCCCGGCAGUUGGAGGUGGAUGUGUCGGAAGAUCCUGCAAUCCUGCAAUCCCGGCCCUGGAACCCUGGAGAUUGGUCUACGAACCUACCUCCGUCCUGCAGAGGUGGGAAAGUCAGAAGCCGGGAGGAGAUGAUGGCUGAUAGGGUACGUAGUGCGGGUACGUAGUGCGGGUACGACGAUACAGCCGGUUGAUCAGGGGCGAUGAUCAUGGUGAACGUGACUGA